AAUAUCUCGAAUGUUCCAAAGUUUUUUUCUCACCGGUCACACCUUUGUUUACUUCGAGUGCAUAAAAAUUUGACUAUAUGCGUCUAUGCGUAAUAUAUGUCUAAUAUUAGUUAUGUCUGGCAAAUUUUUUUCCAGUUCAGUAGUCGACUCGACGCGCCGGCGCUCUAUCUGGCAGUCAGUUCGACCUUGUGCGCAAAAACAAAAUAAACCAACACAACAUGGAUUUCAGCGAUAAAGUUGUUUUAAUAACCGGUGGCAGUUCAGGAAUUGGAGCAGCCACCGCCAUUUACUUUGCCAACUUGUCAGCAAAGCUGGUCUUAGUUGGCCGCAAAGAAAACGCCUUGCGGACUAUCGCUGCAUACUGUGAGAAUGCUAAAGGAAUAAAACCUUUGACUAUAACCGCGGAUGUUACCGAGGACGCAGAGGUAGGAAGGAUUGUUGAGGAAGCCGUGGGACAUUUUGGGAAGUUAGAUGUGCUGGUCAACAGUGCCGGUGUUUUAAAGCCGGGUGGAAUGAAGAAUUCCAACAUGGAGAACUAUGACAAAGUAAUGUCAACAAACAUGCGCGCAGUUUACCACUUAACGAUGCUGGCUACGCGUCAUCUCGUACAAACCAAAGGUUGUAUAAUCAACGUAUCGAGCAUAAAUAGCACGAAGCCUAGCGCUUUAACCAUAGCGUACAACGUUUCUAAAGCCGCUUUAGAUCAGUUCACAAAAUGCGUAGCGCUCGAAUUGGCGGCGGAUGGGGUACGCGUUAACUCCGUGAACCCUGGAUUUGUGAAAACGAAUAUCCUGAGUGAUGCUGGAUUAUCGGAGGACCAAUUAGAGCUGGUCGUGCAGAAUAUUGUCAAUAGCCAGCCGCUACAGAAGCCGGUGCAGGCAGAUGAUGUUGCUGAAGUCAUCGUGUUUUUGGCGAGCGACAAGGCUAAAAGCAUUACUGGAUCAUGUUACGUAAUAGAUGGCGGUAGCUUGUUAAAGUAAUAUGCAAUGUCAGGGUACAGUCUCCAUCAGAUAUAUCGGAGCGGCCAAGGUGCUCGCAAAUAUCUGAACACGCCUCUAUUGUCAAGGCGUGCUCAGAUAUUUUUGAGCACCUUGGCCGCUCCGAUAUAUCUGAUGGCGACUAUA